AUGUCUAUCACACCUUCGUCAACUAUUCCUCCAGGAUUUCCUAGCCGUCCAAAAGACUUCAGAAGACAAUCCUUUCACGGAGAAAACCAUCGAGAUAUCAAGUUUCUAGAAGGAUGUCUGGUUGAAUGCGAUAUAGAAAACUGUAUUUUUGCAGAAAGCUCAAUUAUUGCUUGCUCAGUGGAUAAAUGCAUAUCUUCUGGGGGUUAUGUGUCGUGUUCGACCAAUCCGAUCCGUCGUCCAGUAUUGCGAAACACCACUAUCAUUGAUUCUAGGAUCCACUAUGCGGACUUGUAUGAUUGUGUGGUCAUGGGAUGCCAGUUGGAAUACUGUACGCUCGUCAACUGCAGAGUCACAAACACAACUGGCUCAGAUUACGAUUUUGGUAUCCCGGUAUCCCGACAGAAGCAGACUUUAGCGAAUGGGACAAAAGUCUCGACAUCUUUCCACCCGAAGAGCUUUAUCUCAGCACCGACGCACUCCACGCAGAACCUAUUAUCCAAAUACACGCAUCCAACGCUGGUACGGUGGAACUUGUCGACUGCGAAAUUAUCGGAUCCUUCAUAGAGAAGAUACCUAUCGCGUCUUCGAAAAUCUACAGUGGAACCACCACAGAGGUGCAGCUUUUACAUCUCAGUCCUCACACAUGUCGCCGCGGACAAAUGCAGCCUUAA